UCGCGCCCGUUGCGAUUAAAGUUCCGAGUUCGGAAUUCUCCCGACUUUUUUUUUUCAAGAUUACUUUUUUUGGGUUUAACCUUUUUGUUGCAAGUGCGUGUGAGUGAGUGUUCUGUUGGAGCAAGGAUUGAUCGCUGAGAGAUCUUUUAUCAGUUGUUGAAGUUUUAGAAAAGUUUAUUACCUUAAAAAAACAAAAUAAAUUGUGCCAGUUAUAAAUGUAAGAUCAACUGUUGACUAGUUAUUAAAAAGUGCACUGAAAAAACGAUUCCUUUAGAAAAACGUGAAGAUCAAGUGAUCGUGAAGUUAACCUGUGACUAAACCCCUAAAGCAAAAUGGCCUACACGGGACUGGUUCUGGCCGUGCUGACGAUCAUUCUGUCGGUGGUGUGCUACUUCAAGAUCCUGUACGAGUGGCACCGGAAGGUGCGAGUGCAAACAGUGCGAUCCUCGCGGAAGCAGCCCUCGGCCACGCAGCAGGUGGCCACCCCCCAGCACGGUGGCGAAGAUCAGUUGGAAACGUUCUCGCAGGCGCCGGGCCCGAUGCCGUGGCCGAUUCUGGGCAGUCUGGCCAUCCUCGGCAAGUACGAGGUCCCGUUCGAGGGCUUUACGGCGCUGGCCCGGAAGUACGGCGACGUGUACAGCCUGACGCUGGGCACGAACCGGUGCCUGGUGGUCAACAGUCUGGAGCUGAUCCGGGAGGUGCUGAACCAGAACGGGCGCUACUUCGGGGGCCGGCCGGACUUUUUGCGGUUCCACAAGCUGUUUGGAGGGGAUCGGAAUAAUUCGCUUGCUUUGUGCGAUUGGUCGUCGCUGCAGCAGAAGCGUCGCAACCUGGCCCGGAAGCACUGCUCGCCGAGUGACGCUUCGAGCUACUACCAGAAGAUGAGCGAGGUCGGGGUGGCCGAGAUGCACCAGUUCAUGGACCAGCUGGACGAGGUCGUGGUGCCGGGGCGGGACUUUAAGAUCAAGCCGCUGAUCAUGCAGGCCUGCGCGAACAUGUUCAGCGAGUACAUGUGCUCGGUGCGGUUCGACUACAACGACGCCGGGUUCCAGCAGAUGGUGCGGAACUUUGACGAGAUCUUCUGGGAGAUUAACCAGGGCUACGCGGUGGACUUUUUGCCCUGGUUGGCGCCGUUUUACCACAAGCACAUGAACAAGCUGAGCCGUUGGUCGGCGGACAUUCGGGAUUUCAUUCUGGAGCGGAUCGUCAACGAGCGCGAGCAGAACUUUGGAGAGGACGAGCCGGAGCGGGACUUUACGGAUGCGCUGCUGAAGAGUUUGAGGGAGGAUCCGUGCGUUACGAGAGAUACGAUCAUGUACAUGCUGGAAGAUUUCAUUGGAGGUCAUUCGGCCAUUGGAAAUUUGGUCAUGCUGGCGCUGGGUUAUAUCGCGAAACAUCCGGAAAUUGGAGAUAACAUCCAGCAGGAGAUCGAUCACGUGACGGAGGGAGGUCAACGGAACGUAACUCUGUACGACACGGAGAGCAUGCCUUACACCGUGGCCACCAUCUUUGAAGUGCUCCGGUACUCGUCGUCCCCGAUCGUACCCCACGUGGCCACCGAAGAUACCUGCAUUGCCGGCUACGGCGUGACCAAGGGCACGAUCGUGUUCAUCAACAACUACGAUCUGAACACCAACGAAAAGUACUGGGAAGAACCGAAGCGCUUCAACCCGAAACGGUUCAUCGAGAGUGCCACUCUGGCCCAGAUCCGGACGGACCUGGUCGACUCUCCGACGGCCACCCAGGACCUCACCAGUAUCAUCAAGAGCAACAACAUUGACGCCUCCAACGAAAACCAGAAGCAAAUUCUGCGCGUCAAGAAGAACAUCCCCCACUUCCUGCCCUUCAGCAUCGGCAAGCGGACGUGCAUCGGCCAGAACCUGGUCCGGGGCUUCAGCUUCAUCAUCCUGGCCAACAUCUUGCAAAAGUACAACGUUCACUCGAACGAUCCGGCCGCGAUCAAAAUGUACCCCGCGUGCGUAGCCGUCCCGCCCGACACCUACCCGAUCGCGUUCACGCAGCGAACUGUCAAAACAGCCUGAGAACGCACCCCACGCGCGCAGUAGGCGCUGCCCUGUUGUAAAUAGUCUCUAAAUUAUUUCCCCACCCCCGCAGUCUAUUCUAAUUAGUAUUUUCGAAAAAUUAUCCUUACUAGCCGUGUAAGACACAUUUUCUCACCCUUAGAAACGAGUGAUGCACUUAAAGCACCCCCCCCUUUCCCCACACGAUUCCGUGUUAGGAUCCCCCCGCGUAGCAUAAUUCUCAAAAAAGAAAAAUCGAGUAUUUUACCCCUCCCCCACCCCGUAAUGUUAUCUAGUUUGUAGAGAACGCUCCAACGCUCCCCAACCGGGACAAACAAACUCAAACCAGCAAAGCAAUGACAUAAAAAAACAA